AAACCAACCUCUCAGAAAUAGAACGUCUCCAAUUAGAACUUGCUUCUUCACAAAAAGAAUGCACUCGCUACUUGGAGGAGAUCUCAAAUCUCAAGUCCGAUCUUGCUCGAGCCGUUCUACCAUCAACUUGCCUCGUUCACUCUCCCCCUCACGCUCUCGCCGCGCCUCAUUUAGACAUGUCAAAUAAUGUGUCUGGAAUAGGCAGCGCAAUUUUCUCAGGCCCUGUGUCCGCCCCACAUUCGCCCUCUGGUUCACCUCGAUCACAGAUGGCUGAGAUUUGCAGUCAGACAUCGUUGGCUUCGAUUCCAGUGACCCCACCACCUGUAUCAUCAAGAGGUGAUCUUUUAACUACGAAUACACUAGCUGACUCUGGUUCUGCGACCUCCGACUUACGUGAUCUCGUCCUUCGAUUACAGACGUCCCUCUCAUUGCAGACAACAGGCCUCGAUAGAACAAUAGUUGACCAAGACUCGCGAACAGCCUCCCCGCAACCAGUAACUAAUUACACACGAAUCGACCUUUCAAUGCCAUCACAAAGCCCGGUUAUCGCCUCGCCUUUUAAGACUCCGAGAGCACAUCGCUCUUUACGAUUGAAGCCAAGGUCUCGUCCUCGAAUCAGGCAUCAUCUGCUUUCUAAGGCCAGACUCAAUAACUCCGUCCAACCACUUUAUGAUGUAGGUUUGUCUUGCCCUGUGGUGUCACUCAAUGCCAGUUCUGACUCACAAUCCCCUUGCUGUAAACCUGCACCGACGCCCUUUGAAGAAGCAUCGUCUCAGACCUUUCAAGCCUGCAUUCUAGUCGUCCCUAGUCCAUUAACACAGCGCUCACUCACUAGCGCCUGCGAUGAAGAUGUGGACUCAGAUGCACAUCUUGGACAACAACCGAUAUCAGCUUCAGCUACCUGUUCAAAUGAGGUUCCGUCAGAUAAUCUGCGAUGCUCGAAGGGCGAAAAAUCUCUUCUAUGUCAACAACACCGAAGUCGCAGGCAACGACGUGCAGCGGUCCGCCAGUCUGCCAGUCGGUCAACGGUUUCCGCGCCAACGUCCCCGCGCAUUACCACUAUGACAGAAAUGCACACUGCUAAUGGGGUAGCUAUAGGCCAUAGUGACAUUGAAAAACAAGCGCCAUCAGGAAACACGUAUAUCAUAUGCUCUGGUCGCCAAAAUCGAAAUAAGAACUCAUCCUCUCCUUAUCCUAUUGGUAAAGGUGCCGCCUCAUCUGAACUGCAGGGGAGACCUCGCACCUACGUUGGCCGUGCAAAACAGACAAAGCACGCUGAAUACAAAUGCUCCAGCUUUAGCAGUGCUAGUGGGGACGAAAGCAGCGAUACUCUGAGUGUCUCCAGCCUGCGUUCAGGGCGAAUGCGCAGACCGACUGGAAGAUGCAAAAAACCUCAUCGAUUGGUACGCCCUUCUACAAAAAACAUUGUUGGUUGA